UCCUCGACACAACCAUCAAGGACUUCCCAACGUUGAAUGGGAGUUGGUAGUAUAUAAAGUAUUGAGCUCUAAUGAGGUUGGGAUUUGGCUUCGUCAAAUGGGGCCAAAAAGCUUAGAUGAUCUUGUAAAUACAAAAUAUCACAUUUAUGCGAUUAAAGGUGACCAACAGAUUGAUAUUGCCAGGUCAAAAAAUGAACUUGAAAGCCAAGAAAUAUUGGGACACACUACAAUUCCUUUGAGCAAAAUACUCGAUCAUGGAGCCAAUUUAGGCCUACUGGAUUUGAACUGUGAUAUUGAGGCUGACUGUUACAAUCCUACUGAAAAUCUGAAAAAUAAAUAUCAAAAAAUGUUUGAAAAAGGGACAUUCUCUGACUGUGUUAUUAAGGUCGGCGACGAGGUUAUAAAGGCACAUCGUUGUGUUUUGGCAGAAAAUAGUCAAGUAUUCCGAACUAUGUUUGAGCAGACUGGCAUGAUCGAAUCAAAGAAGGGGGAAGUCACAAUUACCGAUGCUGAUCCCGAAUGUGUUCGUGCAAUGUUGCAGUUUUUCUAUAGUGGCUGCCUUCCUUCUUCUAUCACAUGCGUUGACGGAGUUUUUGUUGUUGCACACAAGUAUGAAGUCGAGCCGUUAAAAUAUGAAUGCGAAAUUAUUAUAUCUUCACAAAUUUGUAAGUAUAUGAUUUUUUGGGGGAAUAUAAGGUAG